AUGAGUGCUGGAGAGUGUGGGAAGACUCUUGGGAAGGCUGACUCUCAACAACACACCCAAACCUCUGAUGUACCAGUCUCUGCAGCCCAGCCCACAUCUUACCAGUCUCCUCCAGCUCCAGCCCACUGUACCUCCCCCAGUCUCCUCCAGCCCACUCCCUACAAAGCCUCCUCCAGCCUGCAGCCCACUCUCUGUACCAGUCUCCCUCCCAGCCCAACCCACAUGUGCACCAGUCUCUCCAGCCCAGCCCACAUGUACUCAGUCCCCCUCCACUCCAGCCCACAUCGUCUCCGUAAGCCCAGCCCACUUCUGCACCAGUCUCCUGUGUUCAGUCCCACUCUACCUGAGUCUCUUAGCCCUCCAGGCCCACUCUCAUCAGCUCUCCUGGGGCCCAGCCCACAUGCACUGUCUCCUCCAGCCGCCCACUUCUACCAGUCCCUUGCUUCCAGCCCACUUCUACCAGUCUCCGUCAGCUCCAGCCCACUUCCCUACCAGUCUCCUCCUCCUUGGGCUCCAGCCCACUCCCCUACCAGUCUCCUUGCUCCUCCAGCCUCCACUCCUCUACCAGCUUCUUCCAGCCAGCCCCACUUGCUGAAGUCCUCCUCCAGCCCAGCCCACUUGUACCCAGUGUCUCCAGCCCACUUGUACCACAGUCCUCCAGCCCAGCCCACUUGUGCCCAGCCCCCUCACCAGUGUCUCUCCUCCAGCCCAGCCCACUCACUCAAUUCUCCUCCAGCUUGUGCCCACGUGUACCAUGUCUCCUCCAGCCCAGCCCACGUGUACCAGCGUCUCCUCCAGCUCCAACCCAUGUGUACCAGUCUCCUCCAGCUCCAGCCCACUUCUCUACCAGCCCAGCUCCACAUCUACCAGUCUCCCUCCAGCUCAGCCCACUUCUACCAGCGUCUCCUCCAGCCCAGCCCACUUCUCACCAGUCUGCCCUCCUCAGCCCAGCCUCCACUUCUCUCACCAUCUCCUCCAACCCAGCCCCACUUCUACCAGGCUCAGUCUCCUCCAGCUCCACCCCACUUGUACUCAACAGCUCCUCCAGCCCAGGCCCACUUCUACCAGUUCCUCCCACCAGCCCACUUCUCACUCACCUCCUAUAGCUCCAGCCCACUUCUACCAGCCUCUGAUAGCCCAGCCCACUUCUACUGCCAGUCCUCCUCCAGCCUGCAGCCCACUUCUCACCAAUCCCCCUCCAGCCCAGCCCCCCUUCUACCAGGUCUCUCUCCAGCCCAGCUCCACUUCUACCAAUCUCCUUCCAGCCCAGCCCACCCAGUCUCCCUCCAGCCCAGCCCACUUGUACCAGUCUCCUCCAGCCCAGCCCCCAGCCCACUUCUCUACCAGUCCUCCAGCUUCAGCCCACAUCUAAAGCUCCUCCAGCCCAGCCUCCACAUCUACCAGCAACAGUCUCCUCCAGCCCAGCCUCACUUCUACUCAGUCUCCCUCCAGCCCCGGGGUGACGCCCCUCUGUAA